AUGAAUGUUUCAACUUAUAACAUAAGGCCUAUUUAUAGAUCUCACAGGUUGAUCAGAAGUCGACUGUGUUUUUGUAUAUUGAAUCCAUUGGCAGUAAGGUUUUAUUCGCUGAAAAAUUUCUCUAGUUCCAACAAUCCAAUUGCAAAUUCGAACGAAAAGCUGUCACAUCAUGAUGAGAAACUUAGAGAGAUAAUAGAGACAACUAACUUUGGAUCUGAGCUACGUAAAAAGAAGGAAAUGCAUGACAAAAAGUUGCAUGAACAAAAGGCCUACGAGAAAUAUGAGAAAGAGGCCGAAGGUAAGGAAACACCCCAAGAAAAAGGGCAAGAAGAGGACAGUGUAAGUAAUAGCGACAAGUCGACCCCUGAAGAAGAGGUAAAGGCAAAUGAUGGUUCUAUUAUUGCAUCAGAAAUAAGUGAAGAUAUUCAGAGAGAAAUCGGUAAUUUACCAUCGCAGAAAGAAACGAGACGAUAUCAACUUUCUAAAAAGCUAGAAGAGUACUUGGAUUCGUUGCAAGACACAAUAUUCACAGCCACGAGGGCUCUUAAUGAUGUCACAGGCUACUCGUCAAUUGAACAAUUGAAAAAAUCGAUCAAUGACUUGGAGGUUCAACUAAAAAACGAAAAAGACAACGUUAAGAAAUGUAAAGAUCUUUACUCCCAGGCUAUUUUGCGCCGUUCAUUGCUGCAGCGAGAAAUCAAUGAGCUCCUUACCAGAAAGCAUAACUGGUCCCCAGAUGACCUAGAACGGUUCACUACGCUCUACCGUAACGAUCAUGUCAACGAACAAGAAGAACUGAAUACGCAUAACGCGCUAAACGACGCCGAGCUGAAAGUCGAUGCCAUCCAGCUCAAACUCACCCAGCUGAUUUUGACCAGGUACCACGAGGAACAAAUAUGGUCCGAUAAGAUCAGAAGGGCCUCCACAUGGGGUACAUGGAUCCUUAUGGGCAUCAAUCUUUUUCUUUUUAUCCUCGCAACCUUCUUGGUCGAACCCUGGAAACGUAAGCGUCUCGUCGGCUCCUUUGAAGACAAAGUCAAGCAAGCGAUCUUUGAAAUGUCGGAAGUACAAGAAGGAAAAUGGGACCAAAUGAUAUUGCAGCAAAAAGAAUCGGCCGCUCAACAGUCUGUUUCGACCCUCAAAUCAUGGUGGUUUAAUUCCGACGACGAUUCAGAGCCCAACAAAUCUUCGGUAUACCCAAUGAUCUUGACUCCAGUGGAUAACUCCUGGCAGGGCCUCAAGACAACCAUUCGCAGUCACUACAACGCAUUAAGAUCAUCCACCAUCAGCACACUACAAUUCGAAAAAUACGAGUUUGCCUGGUUUGCUACUACGAUUACAAUAUUAGGAUGUGCUUUAGGAAGCAUUUUGACGGUAUAUUUCAAAUAA